GACAUACGAACAGGCAGGAGUAAUUUACUGUACUGUACCUAAAGCCGGAAGUACAUUCUGGAAGCGGAUUUUUAUAGCCGUCAAUUCCAAAGUUUGUACAUGGUUUGUUUGUUUCUCUAUGUCACGAGAAGAGGUACAUAGCCCAAAUCAUCGAGCUGCCCAAGAGGGCAACACAAAUUUCACCAAGUACCCCAUAAGACUUGUCGUCACAAGAGACCCGUACUCUCGACUGUUAUCUGCUUAUUUAGAUAAAUUGUAUCUCCCAGCUUUGUGGAGCCUACACGGCGUUGCAAUAGCUAAAAAACGGUAUCAACAUUCAUUAUCGAACAGACGCCAAGACUUUUUGAGGAAGCAUUUCAACGAAAUAGCUAAAGUAUUUGACAACAACUCAAGUAAAAGCAAAUGUGGGAAAUACGUGACGUUUUCAGAAUUUGUUGAAAGUAGUUUUAGGAUUUAUGAUAAGCAUUGGUGGCCAGUUCACAAAAUCUGCAACCCUUGCAAAUUUAAACCAACACAUAUCAUUAGAAUGGAGACAUUUUCUGCAGACGCUAAAGUGAUUCUUUCCCAUAUGAAGGUAGAGAAUAUCGUGCAGCGUUUGGAAGGUUCCGCCCAAAUUGAUGAGGAAAUCAACAUCAUCAGUUACUUCAACUUCCAUCGCUUCUACAGAAACUUUACCCUCGCCUUCUACAAGCCUUGCCUCUCCCCAAAGGAGAUUGCCUACCGCUUGUGGUACAACUUCCGAUGGAGAGGCUAUAUCGAUCCAGACGUUGACUACAAGCUCCCAGAGCUGACAGAUCUCAAAGAUAUCGAGGAAGAUUUUAUGGUCCAGGUUAGGGCAGCAAGGAAAUCUGGGCUUCAGAACCCGAAUAGAAUGAAGGCAGCUAAGAAUGAAUUUAGAAAGAAAGUUUUUCUGUCUUUAUCGAAGGCAAUUUUUGAGAAGAUAAGCCAAGUGUAUGCAAUGGAUUUCGAGUUAUAUGGUUUUACUGAUAUAAGAGAUGAGUUGUAUGCAUAUUACAGUAGUUAG